AUGGACUACGUCUACAUGUCCGGUGGUGAUCCCGGUAAUCCGCGCGCUGAAGACAUCAUUACGCUGACAAUGUACGAUAACGAUCCGAAUGGUGUGGUCCAGGAGUUUCCGGAUGCGGCAGAAUACGGUGCAUUCAACAUCGGUUCCUCCGAGGCAGAGUUCAUCGAGCACGGUAUGAUCUUGGCGGAUGGAGGUGAUCGAUACGGUGUGUCCACCGUAUGUUUCGAUACGCAGGAGGAACUGAUCUGGAUGGGCAACCAAGGUGGUCACGUAACGUCCUACUUCGGCAGCGCGAUGCAAAAGUACACCUCGUUCCAGGUACAUGCAAACGAAGUCGUACGGCAGAUAGCGACAAUCGAUUCGGGUAUUCUAGCACUCACACCGACCACCUUAAGACAUCAGAUUCGACGAGGUUUGCCGAAAUUUACAUUUAGAUCGGAACGGAUGGUAGAUAUGGUAUGUAUGAUCGAGCACGCACCCGCCCGCCUGCUGAUGGGAGGCCAUCAGAGCGAUCUGAUCGAACUGGACAUCGCUACGGUAGCCGAACUGACCAGUGUUGUUGCAGGUGUGAAUGGAUGUGCUAUCUUGCGGCGUCAUUCCCGGUACCUUUGUGCCGGUGAUGCUUACGGGAAGAUAACGCUGCUCGAUCCAAACAGCCUCGCGAUCGAGCACGAGCUCUCAACACACUCCGGCAGUUUGUCAGAUUUCGACGUGCAAGGAAACUACCUUAUAUCGUGUGGGUUGAGCGGUCGCCAGGGUAACCUUACGAUAGAUCGCUUCCUGAUGGUGUACGAUAUGCGCAUGCUGCGAUUAGUUUCACCCAUUCAGGUGUUGGUAGAACCACAGCUACUGCGCUUCCUGCCUUCACACUACUCUCGAUUAGCCGUGGUAUCGCCGCAGGGACAACUCCAGCUCGUGGACACGGUGGAACUGAGCGAGCCACGCGUUUGUAUGUUCCAGAUCAAUACCAGCGGUUCACAAUGUCUCUCCUUCGACAUUAGCGGAACCAGCCAGGCGAUGGCAUUUGGUGAUCAAUCCGGUCACAUAAACCUUAUUUCGGCAGCAAAAAUAAACACACCAACGUUGCAGUUUAAUCCGUACUCACGCGACACCGAGUUUGCAGAUACGAUUGAACCGGCGACACCAUUUGUACCGAUUACGGACACAAACUUCCCACUGUCAUCGGUGCUGCUGCCACAUCUGACAACUGGAGACCGUUGGCUAAGCGAUUGGCCACCAUGGAUGAAUACGUACGAACAUUGGCGAGCGAAGGCGAUCGAACCGGUGGUAAUCGGUACGAUGAAAAUGCAGGGCCCGAUCGGCUACGCACCAAAUCCGAGGACGGGCUUGCGCAAUCAAAUUCCCUAUCUGCUGGACGGUUCGAAUGGCACUUUGGCCACCGGUUCGGCGACAUCCGCAUCCCACGGUUCCGCUGCCACUAAAGGUGGUACUGGUUCGGAACAACAGGGCAUAAAGCUGGUCCCGCGCCGAUAUCGUAAAGUGGAGGUAAAAUAUAGUAAACUCGGCACUCAGGAUUUUGACUUUGAGCAUUACAACCAGACGGGAUUUGUAGGGCUCGAAGCAAACCUUCCGAAUGCGUACUGUAACGCGAUGCUGCAGGUGCUAUACUUUAUCAUUCCGCUGCACAAAGCCAUCCUGGCACACUGUUGCACGAAGGAAUUUUGCCUAUCGUGUGAACUUGGCUUCCUGUUCCAUAUGCUCAACGUGGGAAGCUCCAGUUCGCCAUGCCAGGCGAGCAAUUUUCUGCGCUCCUUUCGCACCGUACCGGAAGCAGCUGCCCUCGGGCUGAUCCUUUCGUCCAACAGUGCGAAUGUGAAUUUGAUCAGUUUGAUACAGAACUGGAAUCGGUUCGUGCUGCACCAGAUCCACUCCGAGCUGCUCGAGGCGAUGAAGAAGAAUGAAACGAUGCACUUUUACGAGCACGGUCAACAUUCACAACAUCACUCGUUGGAGCAGGAUAGUGUGCAACGGUUUCAAAUUCUCAACUUAGGCAACGGGACAUCAACGGCAACGAGUCAACCGCAAACAACAGCGGGAAACCCAGUACCGGAGGAAUCGGAAAUUGGACGUUUAUUUGGCACGCAGCAACAAACGACUCACCGAUGUAACAAAUGCAAUACAACGCGCGUGAAGGACAAUGUGCUGCUCGUUUGCAGUUUACUCUACCCAACCGCAACUACCAACAACGUCGAAGGAACAUUUGGAACCAUUUUAAAACACUCCCUUGGGGUGGAAAAAACAACACCCGCCUGGUGCGAAACGUGCAACAAGUUUACUCCGACGAAUCAAAAAUCACGCGUAACCGAUCUACCCGCAAUACUUUCUAUCAAUUGCGGUCUGGACAACGAGAAAGAGCUGGAAUAUCUGAAGCGUCAAAUGACCCGAUCAACAGGUGCACAAGCUUCACCCAGCCAGUCAGGGCAAGGUACAACGACCGCGGCCGGUGCAACCGGCGAUCAAUCAACAGUGACGUUUAAUGGGUCCGGCACGGGCACAAAAAUGUGCCGAUACGGAACGAACUGUUCACGGGUCGAUUGUCAUUUCGCUCAUCCAAGGAAAUCUUCUCCUUGUGUCAUAUCGGCCGCUACAUCCUCUUCUACAUCGGCUGCUGCGACACACGGUAUGCAAAAGUCUUGGUUCCCGCUCAGCUUCCAAAUGUCACUCGACGAACAGCAGAACCUUGACAUUAGUUCGUUACGGACCGCUUCGAAUGGUGAGCCGGUAAUACUAAAUGCUACUGCAGAGCACGAUGCGGAGCUGCAGAACUCGAGAGCAUUGGAUGCGGAAGGAAAGGAACAAAACACCGCAAAUGCAGAUUCUUCGGACGAUCUUGUUCGGGUAGAAACAAUCACCAAAACCUACAACCUGUCCGCAGUGGUUUGCUAUAUCAAUGAUGGUUCCCAGCGUAACCUUGUGUCUCUGAUACACGUGCCGGCCUGCUAUCAGGAGUUAAAGCAACCGGGAGAUUCCAACCCAAUGGGAGGAUGGUACAUUUUCAAUGAUUUUAGCAUUUCUCCUGUGCCGGUACAGGAAGCUGUAUGGUUUACACUCGACUGGAAAGUACCGUGCGUUCUGUUUUACACCAGCAGCGGUCUGGCCGAAGAACAGUGUCGCCAAGAAUUGGGUUUUAACAGCGAGCAGCUAACGCAGUACGUAAAUCCUUUCACGACUGAUCUGUAUGAAGAGGAAACUACGGAUGAUGGUAGUGGACUAGCGCCGGAAGAUGGUGCUACCGAUACGAUGGGUAAAGAUGAAGGGGAUGACAAACACCCGGAUAGGGACACGGAAUCCGCCAUUCUGUUUAAAUCGCUAGGGCGCAAUGAAUGUUUCCAGGCCGGCGAUCUGGUCGCAAUGGAUGCGGAAUUCGUAACACUCAACCCGGAGGAGAGCGAAAUCCGAUCCGAUGGGAAAAUGUCUACCGUGAAACCGAGCCACAUGAGCGUUGCGAGAAUAACGUGCAUUCGGGGUCAGGGCGAUUACGAAGGUGUACCUUUUAUGGACGAUUACAUCUCGACGCAGGAACAGGUCGUGGACUAUCUGACAAAGUUUUCCGGCAUCAAGCCAGGCGAUUUAGAUGCCAACUUUAGCAACAAACGGUUAACCACGUUGAAGAAUUCGUACCAAAAGCUGCGCUUUCUCGUGGACAGUGGUGUAAAGUUUGUCGGGCACGGUUUACGGAAUGACUUUCGCGUUAUCAACAUCAUCGUGCCGCCGGCACAGGUCGUUGAUACGGUGCAUCUGUUCCAUCUGCCUCAUCAUCGUAUGGUAUCGUUGCGCUUUCUGGCCUGGCAGUUUCUCGGCAUUAAGAUACAGUCGGAAACGCACGAUUCCAUCGAAGACGCGCGGACAGCGCUACACCUGUACAAACACUAUCUGCGGCUGUUGGAAAAGGAUGAAUUUACGCACGCCCUUUCGACGCUGUACGAAACAGGCAAGAAACUGCAGUGGAAGGUGCCUGACUAA